AUGUCGUCGUCAAUAUCAGAGGACGAAACUAUUCAAAGGAAGAACUGGGAAUAUAUUUCCCAUUUCAUAGAUGAUUUAAUGGAGAAACUUGAUGUUUCUAAUGUUGAGGACUGCUACUGGGCUUUGUUUCAGGUGAAUUUUGUCAGAGCGAGAAGAGUUCUUAUCAAGUCAAUUUUAAACCAUCAAGAACGGUAUGUCAAGAAAAGCAUUUCGCAUGCUGCAUUAGCUGCUCUUAUAAACUCAGUUGAUCCUAGGAUAGGUGAGGAACUAGCUAAAGAAGCCACAUCCCUGUUUUUAAAAGGGUAUGAAAGAGAUGACAAGAGGCUUUGUUACACAAUGAUAGAAUUCAUAGCUGAACUAUUCAACUAUGAGGUAGUGCAUGAAAUCCUCAUACUUCAAAUUUUCCACUUACUGACAGAAAACUUAAAUGAAUCAUCUUCUGGUCUUGUCAUUUUGUUUAUGACUUUAACGGGGAAAAGACUAGCCCUGCUUUCAAAAACAGCGCACAAUUUAGUUUAUGAGCGACUCAGGAGUUUUCUUCAGGAACAGACACUCAAGAAGGAGACUUGUGAGAGAAUAGAACGUCUUUUUGAUUUACGAAGAAGAAAUUACCCAUCCACGCCGCCUCGGCUAAAUCUUCCCAACCAUGAUAUAUUAACUCAUACCCUGAUAAUUGAUCUUGAUGAACCAUUCUUUCCCACAGAAACUCUAGAGGCAUUUGAUUAUGAUCCUAAUUUUUUUGAAACCGAAGAAGCGUUCGAAAAGCUAAGAACUAGGGUAUUAGCUGAAAAUCAAGCACCAACACCUAAUAAUUUGAACGAGGCCAUCCGGGACAAAUCAGAGGCAAAUGACCUUCAGUUUAAGAAAAAAAUCUAUCUGGUCUUAAAGGGAUCAUUAUCAGGCGAUGAGGCCGCUCACAAACUUUUGAAGUUACGAGUAAACGAUAGGGAAAAGGACAAAAUUGCGGAGAUAUUGGUUUUAGCAUGUUCCCAAGAGGUAACUUACUCAAAGUUUUAUGGUGUUAUCUCCGAAAGGUUGUGUUGUGGGCACAGAAGUUGGCAGCGGAGCUUUCGCACUAUUUUUCGUCGAAACUACGUUGAUAUAGACAACCUGGAAGCAAAGCAAAUAAGAAAUAUUGGAAAGUUUUGGGGACAUCUGCUGGCUUCUGAUUACGUCGGUUUUGAGGUUAUGCAAUACAUUCAUAUUACAGAAGAUGAAACUACUUCUGCCGGAAGGGUAUUCCUCAAAUUUUUGUUUCAAGAGCUGGUCGCGGAAUUAGGCCUUCGUGUGUUGAAGGAAAGGCUAGAAGAGCCUUACAUUCAACCAUUUGUGCAAGAUGUAUUUCCGUUAAAUAACAUGGAAAAUGUCAGAUUUUCGGUUAACUUCUUUACCGCAAUUGGCUUGGGUGGGUUAACUGAUAAAAUGAGGGAGAGAUUACUAAUUUUGGAAGAUACAAAAAGGGACCAAAUCAGUCGAAGUCAACUUUCUAAACAAUUUAAUCCUCGAAAUGCUAUUCUUUCCGAGGCUGGAGCCAAUGUGGGUGACAUUAUUAGUGGGAAUGGCGAGGAAAAAUCUAAAAUGACGGAAACGGACCCCGAAGUGAACAAAAAACCCGUAGAAUUGGAAUCAGCACCAAGGGAAAGGGAACAGCAGUUGGCACAGGAAACAGAUUCAAACUCUGCUAGAAAUCGAGCGCGCACGCAAAAGAGAAGAUCUAGGACGCCCAUCAGAAGAAGGUCCAGGACACCAAUCAGGAAAAGAUCAAGAUCACCAUCUAGUAGAACUUUUCUGGCGGACAAAGCCUGA